AGCGAAAGCAUGUAUUACAGUCCCUAAAAACUUUAGAAUAGUUUUUUUCAAAUACUUUAGAUAGUUUAUAUGUAUUUUAGUCCCUUUGUUUGUGACUUAAAUAUAUUCCUAAACGCUGAAAUCUUUGCAUAGUCUGAAUGCUUUUGGUCAAAUAUGCUCUUAUGUUUGUAAGAAGAAGCUAUAACAUGGCCUAGCUUAAUUGUUUUGUGGGUAACUUUGAGCUAGUUCGAAUGCUCCAUUGUGGUGUGAACUUUAUUGAUUCAUAGUAUUUGGCGACAGGAAUUGUCCCUAUCAUGGAGUCACAGGUGAUGACCAAACCGGAGGAAAUUGCCAAACUCUACAGAGAGCUCAGCCUCUUCCCGUCUUUGAGCCGAGCAGACGUGGGACCCGUCAUCACCUCUCAAUAUGGAGGCAAAUACAGCAACAUCUACACAGAAUGGAGCCAACGUGAUCUGGAGAGGAAUGAAAAUGUCAAGUUUUGCCGUCAGUACAUUGUCUUCCACGAUGAUAAGUCAGUGGUCUACUCUGGAGCUUCUGGAAACUGCACGGAAAUCAAAGGAGAGGUACUGAGUAAGGACUCUCCCUCUGGGGAAAUGAAGGCAGUUGUUAGAGAAUGCUCCAUAAAAGGAGAGGAUAAACAGUUUCUGGAGAUCUGGUGUAAAAACAUUAAGAUGAAGAGCAUCAAUCUCUCAGCACUAAAGAAGCAUGGCAAAGUCUACGAAGAUGAGCAAUUCGGCUGCUUGGUUUGGUCACACUCUGAGACACACCUGCUUUAUGUGGCAGAGAGGAAGAGACCCAAGACAGAAUCUUUCUUCCAGACGGAGUCACCAGAGUUGUCUUCAAUUGGAGAUGAGGAGGAGGCCAUGAGGAUGGAGAAAAAGGAGACUGUAAAAGGGGAGCAGUUUGUCUACUACGAGGACUGGGGAGAGGCUUUAGUGAGUAAGAGCUCCCCUGUGCUGUGUGUUCUGGACAUUGAGGGCGACAAUGUCUCUGUGCUGGAAGGACUCCCUGAAAACAUCUCACCUGGACAGGCAUUUUGGGCACCGGGUGACACCGGUCUGGUUUUUGUGGGUUGGUGGCAUGAGCCUUUCAGACUCGGUCUCAAAUACUGCCCCAACAGAAGGUCGUCCUUGUUUUAUGUGGAUCUUACCGGUGGAAAAUGUGAGCAGCUUUCAUCAGACUCCAGCGCAGUGUGCUCUCCCCGGCUGAGUCCAGACCAGUGCCGAAUAGUCUACCUUGAAUGUUCCGUCUAUGGCCCACACAUGCAGUGCAGCAGACUCUGCAUGUAUGACUGGUAUACCAAGAAGACCUCAGUAGUGGUGGAUGUUGUGAAGCGACCCACUGACGAUGGGUUUACCGGCAUCUACAGUUCUCAGCUUUCACCCCAGUGCUGGUCAGCCGACAGUCAGCGUGUCAUCAUUGCUUGUCCUCAGCGCAGCCGUAAGGAUCUCUUAAUGGUGGACACAGUCACAGGAAGGGUCACCACUCUGACUGCAAAAUCCGAUAUUGGCAAUUGGUGUCUGCUGAACCUACAGAGGGAUCUGAUGGUGGUCAGUUGCUCCUCACCCGACAGCCCUCCAAGUCUGAGAGUGGGAUUCCUUCCAGAAAGGGAUUCCCAGGAGGAAGUGGCCUGGAUAACCUUGGAAGACUCUCAGGCUUUACCUGAUAUCAACUGGCAGAUAAUGAAUUUCACUCCACCACCAGAUCAAGACAAUCCUCAAUAUUCGGGUCUCGAUUUUGAAGCUUUGCUGAUCAAACCAAAGGAGGUCAAGAAAGACCAGAAGUUGCCUCUUAUCGUCAUUCCUCAUGGCGGCCCUCACUCUGUGAUUGUAGCCGAAUGGCUUCUGUCCUGCUCUGUGCUGUGCAGGAUGGGCUUUGCUAUAUUACUGGUAAACUAUCGUGGUUCUAUUGGGUACGGGCAGGACAGCAUCUUCUCAUUACCGGGCAACAUCGGCACCCAGGAUGUAAAAGACGUUCAAUUUGCAGUUGAAAGUGUUCUGAAAAGUGGAGAGUUCGAUGAGAACAAAGUGGCCGUUUCGGGGGGCUCUCAUGGAGGUUUCCUGGCCUGUCAUCUGAUUGGUCAAUACCCAGGGUUCUAUAAAGCAUGUGUGGCCCGCAACCCUGUCAUCAAUAUCGCCUCUAUGAUCGGCAGCACGGACAUCCCAGACUGGUGUGUAGUUGAGGCCGGCUUUGACUACAGUCCAGACUGUCUCCCUGACCCGGCUGUUUGGGAACAGAUGUUGAACAAGUCCCCCAUUAAACACGUGGAACAGGUACGGACACCAGUGUUGCUGACUUUAGGGGAAGAUGACAAGCGUGUGCCUAACAAACAAGGAAUCGAAUACUUCAGAGCACUGAAAGCAAAGCAGAUCCCAGUUAGGUUACUGUGGUACCCAGGGAACAACCACUCUCUUUCCAAGGUAGACGCAGAAUCAGAUGGAUUUAUGAACAUCGCUUUGUGGAUAAUUCAUCACUUUAGUCAGUGAUUGGAUUCAGAUGAUAGGCAGUGGUGUGGGAAAACAUUGCUUUGUUAGUGAUGUUAUAUUUCUGUUUUGAGGUACAAACCAAAGCCAAAGCAUUCUGAGUGCUCUCCAACCAGAACACACCUCUAAUCUGUGCUUUACUCACAUUUUAUCCUGUAUGUUCUGUAAACUGAUUCAGAAUUGACAGUUUUAACUUAACACUUGAAUAAAAUCCCUUUUGAUUCGACAGAAUUUUCUAUCGAUAUCGUUUUGUCUAUUUUUAAAUGUAGAAAAAAGGGCUUUACGGUAUUUUAGCUUUGUUUGAUCUUAUUGUAACAAAGGAAAUUCAUUUAAUAAUCUCUUCUCAUCGUAGCGUUUUCUUUUGGUUAAAUCUGAGAUCUUCUAAAAUGUGGAUGUGGUGCGGUUAAUAAAGUGAUUCUGAAAAUGUUUGUGCAGGACAAGUCUUUUGACACUACAGUUUGAGAUGCAGGUGUGGAGGUGGAAUGUAUUCACUGCUGAUGUGACUGGUAUUGUCUAGCCUUUGUGCACAUAUUAGUGUGUGUUAUGGUAAAUUUGGUGCAUGUUAACAUGAAAGCAUCUGCAAGUUUUAUUUGUGAAAGUUUCAUAAAGUCAGCUGUGGUUGCAGACCUCAUGGCUGUUGCAGCUGGUUUGAUUUCAUGUUCACAAAGUCUUUCUUUUAAGAGUUGUUAAUGGAGAAAGUCCCUCUUUCUGUUACUUUCUGUUAUUUUUGUGUGCUUUCUGUGGAAAAGCACUC